UUGCUGUGCUUUGCCAGUGUCUUGCUUAGAGUUGCUUCCUGUACUGUGGCUGUGUAUGUUCCUCUGUGUGUAUGUGGCUGAUUGAGGCUGGCUGUCCUGCAGCCUGAAGAGUCAAGAGACAGAAGCACCACUGUACAGACUUUCCAAGUCACAGUCUUAAGUCUGACUGGCAUAGGGGGUUGGGCAGAAUGAACACAGUAAGUCUCUGAAAUGCUCCUCUCCAAAGCCAGAUACACAUAGAGCACUUAAAACGGUUACACAUUUCUAAAUACAUAAUAUCUGCUAUACUGUUGAUUCAUCUAUAGUUGUAACCAUAAAGCCAGGAGAUUAUUAAAUUCUAAUCGGUGAGCUAAGAGGGAACCGUGACCAGUGGCUACAGAAAAAAGGUUGCCAGCAUAUUCCAAAUAAAAAUGAAUAUUUUUUUAUACAGAAUAUGGAUGUAUUUGGCUAUACUCCCUCUUGUCUGUACUGCACAAGGAGACAUUUCAACACUGAUGGAUUCAUUAAGCGACUUUUGGUUCUUUCGGUUCAUUCUCAACAUCCUAGGCUAUGCUACCAUAGCGGUCCCAGGCUACUUGCUUAUUCAGUAUGUUCGAAGGACAAACUACCUGGAAACUGGGCGUGGUGUUUGCUAUCCAGUUGUCAAGACAUGCGUGUAUGGUAAUGAAUCCAAGCCUACUCACCACGAGGAGCCACAGGCUGCCAGGAGUGAUGCAACAGAAUCUUCAUCCACUGCACAGCUCCUGAAACUGCUAUUCUGUGCUGGAGGUUUACAGGUGUCUUACCUUACCUGGGGUGUCCUACAGGAGCGUGUGAUGACCAGAACCUAUGGUGCCACUGAAACUGAACCUGGCGAGCGUUUCAAGGACUCUCAGUUCCUUGUUUUUAUGAACCGAAUCCUGGCUUUUACAAUAUCUGGACUUUACUGUUCCCUGACCAAGCAGCCCCGCCACAGUGCACCAAUGUACAAGUAUUCUUUUGCAUCUUUAUCCAACAUUAUGAGCAGCUGGUGCCAGUAUGAAGCUCUUAAGUUCAUCAGCUUCCCUACCCAGGUGUUGGCAAAAGCAUCAAAAGUUAUCCCUGUUAUGCUUAUGGGGAAGAUUGUGUCCAGGAAGAGUUAUGAGUAUUGGGAGUAUCUCACAGCAGUCAUGAUAUCUGUUGGAGUCAGCAUGUUCCUUCUGUCUAGUUCGACAGACAAGCACCCAUCUACAGUCACUACCUUCUCUGGUGUCAUAAUUUUGGCUGGCUACAUUCUUUUUGAUAGCUUCACGUCAAACUGGCAAGAUGCUCUCUUCAAGUAUAAGAUGUCAUCAGUGCAGAUGAUGUUUGGUGUGAAUUUGUUCUCUUGUUUGUUUACUAUUGGCUCUCUCCUGGAGCAAGGAGCACUGUUUGAAUCGGCCAGUUUUAUGUUCCGGCACAAAGAGUUUGCAUUCCAUGCUGUGCUGAUCUCUAUUUGCUCAGCAUUUGGGCAACUAUUCAUCUUCUAUACUAUUAGCCAGUUUGGUGCUGCUGUCUUCACAAUCAUUAUGACACUGCGUCAGGCUUUUGCUAUCCUGCUUUCCUGUCUCAUCUAUGGGCACACUGUCAGCAUAGUAGGUGGCCUUGGAGUAGCAGUGGUCUUCCUUGCUCUCUUUCUUCGAGUCUAUGCCCGAAGUCGAAUGUCAAAGCGUAACAGGAGGGCAACCCAGAGUGAGGCUCAGAUUCAAAAAGUGUAACAAAGAGCACUUUGUACUGUCAUUGUCAACACUCUUUCAGCCAGCAAUGUUGAGGUUUUCCCCUUUUUGAUAACCAGAACUGUGUAAAGGAAAAGUUACAUUUUUGUAUGAAGAAGGCUUUUGUAUUGAAAUGAAAAAGUAGCAAAUUUAACUCUGAGGUUUUGAAGUGUACUCUGUUAGUAAUGGGUGUUGGCUGUUUACCCAGGAGGGAGAGACAUACAGAAAGGAAUUGUUGAUUUAUUCAUGCCUUUCUACACACAAUGUAAAUUAAAGAGGAGAAAAACAGAAUGAAAAA